UUGCAGCCCAAUCAGCCAAGUUCAACCGUCAACCGUUUUCCAUAGCGUCCUCCACUACCUAUUGCUUGUAGUUCUAGUCCAUUUAGACAUUCAGUCCGCAUAGCCGAUCACGAUGGAUGAAGAAUACGAUGUCAUUGUCCUUGGCACUGGCCUCACUGAAUGUAUCCUCUCGGGUUUGUUGUCCGUGGAGGGGAAGAAAGUCCUCCACAUGGACAGAAACGAUUAUUAUGGUGGAGAGUCGGCCAGUUUGAAUCUGACACAGUUCUUCCGUAAAUUUCGCCCAAACCAAUCUCCACCCACCGACCUGGGCCGUGACCGCGACUAUGCAGUUGAUCUUAUCCCGAAGUUCAUCAUCGCCUCGGGUGAACUCGUAAAAAUACUCGUUCACACUGAUGUCUUGCGAUACCUCGAGUUCAAGCAGAUCGCGGGCUCAUUUGUGUACAAGAAUGGUAAGAUCAGCAAGGUCCCGAGCACGGAAGUGGAGGCAGCGAGGAGCCCGUUGAUGGGUUUGUUUGAGAAGUAUAGAGCCAAGAAAUUCUUUGAAUUCCUGCAGGGGUGGAAGGAAGGAGAUCCGGCAACUCAUCAAGGAUUGAAUCUCGACAAGGAUAGUAUGAGGAAAGUAUACCAACACUUCGGAUUAGAACCCGGCACUCAAGACUUCAUCGGACAUGCUCUGGCACUCUAUCUCGAUGAUGACUACAUCAACAAACCUGCUCGUGAGACUUACGAGCGUAUCGUCCUGUACACCACCUCUAUGGCACGAUGGGGUAAAUCCCCUUACAUCUACCCUCUCUAUGGGCUUGGCGAGCUUCCCCAAUCUUUCGCACGUUUGAGUGCAAUCUAUGGCGGGACCUACAUGCUCGAUAAGCCGAUUGAUGAGAUUGUGCUCAACAAGGAUGGAUCAUUUGCGGGUGUCCGCAGUGGAGCAGAGACCGUCCGUGCUAAGAUGGUCAUUGGUGACCCGAGCUAUUUUGGCGCGGGAAAGGAGGCUGAGGGUGGCAAGCUGAGGGUGGUCGAAGAUGGUAAGGUGGUGAGGGCGAUCUGUAUCUUGAAGCACCCGAUUCCUGGUACGGAUGAGAGCGAUAGCGUGCAGAUUAUUAUCCCGCAGAACCAGGUAAAUAGGAGGAAUGAUAUCUACAUCGCGAUGGUGUCCUCGACACACAAGGUAUGCGCGGAUAACAUCUAUGUUGCAAUUGUCAGCACCAUCGUCGAGACUUCCGUUCCUGAGAAUGAAAUACAGCCUGGUCUCCAUCUCCUGGGCAGCAUCCACGACAAAUUUGUGACCGUUUCCCCCAUAUACACUCCCGUCGCCGACGGGAAGCAAGAUCAUAUCUACAUCACACGCUCAUACGACGCAACGUCACACUUCGAAACUGUCGUUGAAGACGUGCAAGCCGUGUUCAAGCGUGUUAUGGGCAAGGACCUCGAGCUCAAGAAACGUGAAUCUGAUGUCGAGCAAUGAAGGCAAUGAGAUCUUAACUCCACGGCCACUCUCUGCCAUAGUCAUACCUUAUACAGUGUACACCCGGAUCAGGCAACAAAACCUUCCCUGCUAGUUUGUUUGUACUCUUUAGUCUUUCGCUCAUCUACCCUCUCUACAUUCGAUCACAGGUCUUUUCACUGCAUUUUUGCGAACAAUUGAAUCAUGACUGCCUUGGAUGGAUGUAUAUUGUUACGCUUGAUCUCGGACCUCAAGAGUAAGUAUCGCCCAAUGUUACAGCUAGC